AUGGCCGGAUUACUUCGCAACAAAGUCGUUGCCAUCACAGGUGCAUCGCAAGGAAUCGGGCGUGCUACGGCACUGGCAUGUGCUCGACAAGGCGCUGGUCUCGUCCUGCACCACUUGGGGACCGAACAGACGACCUCUGACAUCGGGGCGCUGCAAUCUGAACUGAGAGCGAUCGACCCAUCGCUUCGACACACCUCUUUCAGCGGCGAUGUUGUCCUGCCAGAGACCCCGGCCAAUCUGGUGGCCGAGGCUUUGGACAAGUUUGGUCGAAUUGACGUCCUGAUCAACAAUGCAGGCAUCUGCACAUUCUCCGACUUCCAUGAUGUGACGCAGGCUCUUCUGGAGCGGCACAUGUCAGUCAACUUCACGGCGGCGUACAUGCUCACACAGGCCGCCACGAAGCAGAUGGUGGCCCAAGGGACGGGUGGCAGUGUCGUGUCUAUCGCCUCCAUCACAGCCGUCCAAGGCUCGUCGGCCUUGACGCACUACGCGCCCACCAAGGCGGCCAUCCUGGGCAUGACUGUCGCCUGCGCGAGCGCCCUGGGCAGACAUGGCAUCCGGUUCAACAGCAUCUGUCCCGGCACCAUCGAGACCACCAUGAACAAGGCUCACUUGGACCACAAUGGUCAGCGCGAAGUCAUGGCGGCCAAGGCGGCGCUGGGCCGCCUGGGCACUCCCGAAGAUAUCGCCGGAGCAGCCGUCUUCUUCGCCAGUGAUCUCAGUUCCUAUGUGACUGGACAGUACCUGUUGGUGGAUGGCGGUGCAUCAACCCAUUAUGAGUGA